CACAGACUUCAGACGUCAAUACGACGUCAGGAAAGGAAGUGUUUAGUGCAUUUAUCACGUUAUUCUUCAUAUAAAGCGGUUACCAAUCUAACCACCGAUUAAGAAUGGCUGCGUAUCCGAAAGUUCACAACCCGUUUGCCGAUGAUGAUGUGGAGGAAGUUCCUCAGACGAAAAGAGGCUUUAACUUCGAUGACGAUGAUGAGGAUGAAUGCACAAAUCCGGCGGAGUUGCGCCAGAGACGGCUGGAGCAGCAGGUGAUGCGGACGGCUCAGUCUGCCGUGGAUAGCAGCAGUCGCUCCCUAGGCAUGAUCUACGAGUCGGAGAAAGUCGGGACUGAGGCGGCACAGGAGCUGGUCCGUCAGGGCGAGGUCUUAAAGAGGGCAGAACGGAUGGUCGAUAAUAUGGAGCAGGACAUGAAGACAAGCCAGAAACACAUAAACACCAUCAAGAGUGUCUGGGGUGGUUUGGUCACCUACUUCAAAGGCAAACCGGAGCCCAAGCCGGUACAAAAGGAACAACCUCCGACAACCUACGAGGCAAACAGCAGGUUACAAAAUGCCCUGACGGACAGCAAAGUGCAUGAGGAUAAAUACGAGAGCAGUCAUCCCAGUCUGAGGAAGCUGGACACGACUGACUUCGCAGACUCUACUUCAUACGAAAAUGAACCGUCUUAUCAGAGUGGAUCCAAGAACAAACACUUAAAAGCUGCUCAUCAACAACUGGACAGCAACCUGGACGAGAUGUCGAUGGGUCUGAGUCGUCUGAAGAAUCUGGGACUCGGGCUGCAAGCGGAGAUCGACGACCAGGACGUCUCGCUGGACUCCCUGCUUAAUAAAGUGGACUCUAUGGAUGGAAAGAUAAGCUCCACCAACCGCCAGCUCAAAAACCUGAAAUGAGCUGAGGGUCAGGAGCGCUGUGUGAUCGAGAAUUCGUAAUUAUUAUUGUGUAUUCAAAGCCUUGUUUGUUUGUUGCCUUGUUAACCUUGCUGGUCACUGUCCACUACCGGCCAGGAGACUUGCAAGAGGGACUAAAUGACCGUACAGACCCUCCUCGCUGACGACUGUGCGGACUUACGACAGCAGCACGGCGUCUCCGCGGCGAGCAUCGCAUCUCUCAUCCUUCUUUCUUUACAUUUUUAGCAUUUAGCAGACGCCUCAUCCAAAGCGCCUUACAGUACUGUCAAUUGAGGGUUAAGGGCCUCACUCAAGGGCCCAAGAGCAGCAAUCUGCCAGUGGUAUUCACUACACUACCGUUUCUCUAUAAAUGUGUACUUUAUUAUGCAAUAAAUUUCCUUUUUGAGCUUUUCUUUACUGAGAUUAGAUAAAACAAUGACGUAAAAAGCUGCGUCAUGCACAUUAGAGCUGAUUUCCUCUGGACAGUACGCUCAUCACUCCCCAAACCAUUAAAACAAGUCUCAGUACUACGGAACCCCGGGUAAACACGCCUUGGGACGCCUUAGUGUCCCAACUUUUGUGGAGUGUAAUGCAGGCAUCAAAUUGUGAACAUGUUUAUAUUUAAAAAACUACAAUGAAGUUGAUUUGUGAAAACAUUAUAAAUAUUUUCUUUCUACUUUUAUCAAUGAAAUAAAGAUUCUAAAGUAUGAGCACAUCACAGA